GCAAUUGAGUUGGCAACAUCUGUCCAGAUCUGUCCAAGCGACAGACUCAAAUUCUGCGAGACGGACUAGCACAUGAAGCCAAAAUGUCCGCCUGCAGGCUGCGUCGCAUCUGAGAUACGAGCCACAACUUAAAGGGCCUGAUGCGUGCACUAUUGAUGUUCUGGUAUCUCGGUCACCUGCAAACCUUUUACCAAUCUGGUUGUCGCGGUUAUACCUGGCCGCAUCCUGCACGAUUUAUGCAUGAAAAGUUCAUGUCACUAUCCCCUUAUCCUUCGCAUUACACGCGCCGAACACGGAUGAAAAACUUCUGGACGGUCACUCAACAUGUGCUGCUGCCAUUCUCUGAAAAUAAAUUUUCUCAUGUUCCUGCCUCUAUUCUUAGCCCCCUCACAACUUGCUUUUCAUUUGGACAAAGAUAGCCCACAAUGAAAUAUCUCUGGAUAACCUUGAUAGAAAGACAACGUUCCGUCUUCAUUCUCCGUCGCUCUUUUGUUCUCUCGGAUGAUUCAUAUGAACAGUCUUCCUGCUCGACUCUCUCCUUCCACUUGUAUGCACGAUCCCGCCCCGUUCUCGUGUGUACGCGGUGACUUUCCAGAUGAUCUGUAUCAACGCGACUUCCAUAUGUUUGAUGCUGAUUCUGAUUCUGAUUUCCUAUUCUCCUCUCUCCAUGUACACUUUCCUGAAUGACCGAACUCACCUCAGCCAUCCUUACAUGAUGUUGCAUCGAUUCAUGCAUACAUUUUGAAGCCUGGUGGACAAUGUUAGCUCCAUAUGGGAGUGUCUGCAUGUUCACAAUAUGUGCGAUUCUAUCAGCUGUUGGCCACGCGUUUUCGCGCCUUCCUGCGUGUGCAACUCGACGUAGAGUCUAUGG